AUGUAUCUGCUGCUCCUUCUUCACAUCUUGCAGUCCUCUCUGUGGGCGGUCCACUGCUGUCCAGCUUUAUGUGCCUGUGCCUAUGGGAACAAUGGAAUAGCAGAACUCAGGUUGGUGCAGUGCAGUGAUCCUGGCAUCUCAGCUGUUCCCAUUAAUGUCCCAGCUGACACGGUCAAGCUGCGUCUGGAGAAGACUCUGAUCUCCAGGUUGCCCCGAGCAGCCUUCUACAACCUGUCAGAGCUGCGCUUCUUGUGGCUGACCUACAACUCCAUUACAUCCAUCCACCCCAGCAGCUUUGUGAACCUGAAGGCCCUGCGAGAGCUGCGUCUGGAUGGGAACCUCCUGACGGCCUUCCCCUGGGAGGGGCUGAGGGACAUGCCUCGCCUCCAGACUCUGGGCCUCCAUAACAACCGUUUGUCCAGUCUUCCUGCUCAUGCUGCACUCUUUCUCCCCAAUAUCACCUACCUGGAUCUGUCCAGCAACAGGUGUGUCCAUCUGCUGAAGAAGCGUGUAACCUCAGUGCUAUUCAACACAGGUGUCCAUGACAACCCCUGGUUGUGUGACUGCCAGAUCUCCAUGCUGGUGUCACUCUCCAUGUCCUUGGGGAGUCCUGUGGUUCUCAUGGACCAGCUGGUGAUGUGCAGCAGGUCUCUGGGUCAUUCAGGGAUGCUGCUGACCGAGGCCCAGCUGUCCCGUUGUAUGAGGCCGUCUGUCCAGCCUGCAGCCACCAGGGUCAUCUCUCCACUGGGCAGCAACGUCAUCCUCCGCUGUGACGCCACUGGUUACCCAACACCAACUCUGACCUGGAUCAAAACCUCAGCCAGUGCUGUCAUGCAGGAAUCUCCUCGAGUUGGAGUUCGCUGGUCAGUAAUCAGCCUGAACGGGUUAUCCUACAAGGACGCUGGUGAAUAUCGCUGCCAGGCACGCAACAUGGCAGGAAUAUCUGAAGCUCCAAUUAAGCUGAAAGUGGUGGGAGUCACAAGAAUAUCCCGACUCCCAAAGAAGAAGAAGUCCAAGAAGACUUCACCCAAGUCAUCACCAAAAGACAGCAAGCCAAAACAGACUAUAGCUGCCACCCCCACUCUCUCAAUAAAGGACAGUCAGAUACUCCAAAACAACACUCCGACAGUCUUCCCCAUUGACAAGUACACUAAAAGAAGCAAAAUGAACCAGACAGAUCAAGACACAUCAAGACUAACCUGA